GGACUAGAUAGCAGAAUACAUGCAGUACAUACCUGAUAAGUUUGGUUAAAAAACAAUUUGUAACAGCAAUGUACAAAACCACGAAUGUCCUCUUAGGUCUUGUUGUGGUCCCAGAAUCCUCUCAGGAUAUCAAACGACCGUUUCUGUCAUUCUUCAGACUUUUCGCAGAGCUCUCUUAGUCAAAUCCAAUAUAUAAAAAAACACGAGUUGAAACACCAUAUAUAACUCCUCAGAGCAUAAAACGUCAGAAUACUGGUCGAAAAUCUUAGCUAGAAUCCGGAUAAAGAUAGUAGAUUUUUUUAAAAAAGUUGAUGUUUUCUCUUUCAUUUGAAAAAUACCUCCUCAUCCCCCCAUCUUUUAUUCAAUGGUCAACGGAUGUUUGUGAAGCCCAAAUGAUAAAACUACUAAGGAAGGAUUCAAGUUUACAGGGGCAUCAUAGAUGAGAAAAUUGCAAAAAUUGCAUCAAUAAUUUUGUCCGGGAAUGUAGAUGACACAUAUAUCCAGCUAUUAAUCGAAAUCAGAAACGCGAGCAUAUGAUUGUUAAGGUUGCUCAAUCAGUGCCGAUUCUUUUAUACACUGAAGAGUGUCAGACGAAAAGCUUAAGUAUGGAUUAAAACGUUUGCUCUUUUAAAGCCAUUCUUAGGUUUUGUACCAUCAAAAAGCUGUUUAUAAAAAUCCUAGCAUCCAUAGAUAUGAUAAACAUGUUAUAUCAUAAAGUCCUAUGAAAAUGUUUCAAUAGAAACUCAAUUCCAAAGCAAUAUCGUGCAUUUUCUAUCAAGAAAAAUUACUGUUACAUCAAAUAGAAAUGAACGUAACACCGUUUAAGCUGAAAAUCAAUAAUUUACCGUAAGCCUCAUCUAAUCAUCAAGCUGCAGAGUCGGGCCUUGUUAAGCAAGCAUUGUUGCAAUGAAAUCAACUGUGUGGGUUCUAAUCCUUCCUAUAGAAAUCUGUUUGGAAAUAAAAUCCUGCAUUGACGCUAGCCUUACAACCGUGGACAUAGCAACAAUAUAUCGAAAUUCAAGCUGCAUAAACUUCGAAGCUGUUUAGUCUGUUUGCUUACUUUACAAUGUCUUCAAGAACUUUCUUUCAUUCCGAUAUUAAAUAUUAGAUUAAUAAGUUCCCUCAGAAAAGCUUGCAUUCAGUUGAUAGAAAUCGUUUUUCAACCAAAGCUGUCCGGCAAAAUCCACAAUAGCAGAGGAUUAGAGCUUCAAUUUAUAUGGUGGCACCGCAAGGUUGUUUUUUGUUCUUUUUCUUUUGAACGGGUAGCCUGAAUUAUACCACUUUAAAGUGAAACUGUUGCUCUAUUCCACUUGAAAAUGACAAUUGUGCCAAAUGAGCCAACAGUCAACGCAGAGCCGUUGACAAUCGCGAAGUCGUGGGAUGGGUUUGUCAGUUCUUCAUCGGUACAUGGAAUUAGGUUCACAUCACCAGGAUUUAGUAGAAUUCGGCGCUUCACAUGGGCCUUGAUGUUGGUCACUGGAUUCAGUGUCCUGUUAGGUUCAAUUACUUCGACAGUGGUUGAAUAUUUCCGAUACGAAGUCAACACCGUUAUAACAAUGGUGUCAGAAAGAGAGGUGUCCUUCCCAGCCGUCACCAUUUGCAACUUGAAUACACUUCGAAGAAGUAAAUUCAACGAGGCAAGCAAAGACGCAAAUUACUCCCAAAUGUUUAAUUUGGCCGGAAUAUUAAGUAUGGCUGGUUUGAAAGGUUCCCAAAGAAAUUUGACGAUUCCUUAUAUUAGUGGUAAAAAGGUUCAAGAUAUGUAUAAAUACUUUGGGCACAAUCUGAACAGUUACGAGGAAGGUGGGAUGCUGUUAAACUGCACCUUCAAUGAAAUUUCUUGCAACAAGUCUUACUUUAAGCCCGUUCUUACUAAUUCAGGACAGUGUUAUACUUUUAACCCAGGAGGACAAUUUGGAAGAGAACGCUUUGGCAAAGAAGUAUUAACUGUAAAACAACCUGGCUCUGGGUUCGGUUUAAAAAUUCGCCUCGUCGUGCAGGCAAACGAGUACGUUUUGAUGCCUACUCAUGAGUUCUCAGCAGGGUGGAAAAUGCUGAUACAUGACCAAAAGGAACUGCCUCUGGUCAGAGAUUAUGGUUUUGCAUUGUCGCCUGGAACACACACACUUGUUGGAUUGGUUAAACGAAAGGUGCUCAAUCUAGAGCCCCCAUACACAACUGCUUGCAGAAAAGAACCUCUAGAAACUGGGAGUGCCUACACGUUGAAUGGCUGCCUUAGAAUUUGCCAGGAAAAAUACAUUUACGCCCAAUGUGGUUGCUACGCACCAAUAAAUUUCGUUGAUGGAAAAGAUUUCGAGCUUUGCGAUUUAGAGAAGUCUAUAAAGUGUGUACUUCCUGCACUUGAUAAUUUUAGGAAACAUGGAAACAAAUGUGUUUGCCCUGACCCCUGUGAGUCUGUGGAAUACACCCCGUACCUCAGUUAUGCUUACUUUCCAUCGGACGUCUAUGCUGUCGAAGUUGCCAAUCAUUUGGUGAACAUUGGGAUUUCCAAAUCCAACGAGUCUGCAUUGAUUUACUUCAGAAAAAAUGUAAUCGAGCUGGAUGUGUUCUUUCAACAAAUGAGUCAUAUUGUGAUAAGACAAAGCCCUGCUAAAACCCUUAGAGACAUUUACAGUGAGCUCGGAGGCCUACUUGGUGCAUCUCUUGGCGCUAGUUUUCUGACGUUUAUUGAGCUAUUCGAUUUCAUAUGGACAUGCAUCUUACGAAAGUUUGAGAAACGGCGUGAAAAGAAGACCCACAUCGAAUCAUUGUCGCAGUAAUCUGCGGAGAUCGAUAUUCUGUUUGUAGGAUAAUGUGAUAUUGUUGGAAUCGAUUACAAUUAUAUUAGGAAAACGUUCAAAAUUACAUUUAAAGGGGGAGAAAUGUUAUUUCUAAGAAACCUAGCCAACAUAUUGACACAACUGUUCUCUUUCGGACGUGCAUUGUAUUUCAAAUUGUAAAUAAUUACCCAGUUCCUUGAUAUUUGAAGUUUAUUCCCUAAUGCUUCGUUAUUUCAGUUGUUUAGGUAUUUAUUCUUUGCAGUUUUUUAAACUUUAAAGUUCAACUUGGCUGCUUAUCUAAUAAAUUUCUGCGUUAAGAGGCAGUGCCGUCGGAACGAAAUUCAUAUUGGGGGGGGGGGGGGGGGGGGGGGUGGGGCUGCCAAUUGUUUUCCUUCUCAUUCAGUACACUGUUAUAAAGAAAACAUACUGCAGUUUGACAAUUAUUGGGGAGCUCCAGCCCCCAGUUCCGACGGGCCUGAGGGGGAAAUGGAAGGGUCUUGCAGGGCCACCGGCGAUGGGGCUUUAUUGGUGCGGUGUAAUUCAGAGAUAUUGUAUUACAAUCCAGUGAGUUUAUUUCAUUUACCAAAAAGCGAGCUUUUGGUCGAGUGAAUCCCUCACUCAGCAAAUGCUUUAUUGAACGAGAUGUGAUUUUUGUGAAGGAAGGAUGUUUUUAAAAAAUAAGCUUUCAGUUAGCUUUCAAUAUAAAGAGUUUCCAGUAGUGUCUUUCCCCCUAACCCCAUUGAGAAUGUUUGUUUGCACGGCCCUGUAUUUAGUAAAUAUAAUUUGAGUUCUAUUUGAGAGGACAGCUACUCCAACGGAGAUGAUUAGGUAUAUUACACUGGGUGCGGUGAAGUCAACUCAACCCAAGCCCACUGCCAAACCCCUUCAUGUAGGAGAAACGCAGCAACAACAACAGUUGCAAGAGAAGCAACAACAACAACCUCGUUUGUGUGGGAGGAAAAACAUGUUGACUGUUCAAAAUUUUUUAGUCAGCUGUGAUUCGUCUUCAAGAAGAAUCACGAAGUUUAAUGUCAGGUUUUUGGUUGCAAAGAAUGAGGUAUGCGUUUUUCCUCUGAGUGUAACACAACACAUUCACAAGAUGUAUAUUCAGUAAUAGGAGGUAGAAAACACAACCAAAACUUAACAGUGUCCAAUAAGCUCUCUAGUGGUGCGGCGUUAUUUACAUUGGUGGUUGGUUAAAAUCUCCUGACAUGAAUAUUCGGUUGCAAGAUGAUGA